GUCCUCCAUGUGCGGGGCAAGAGUGGUGGAAGCGCGUAGGGAUCCCUUGCGCAUUAAUGGGCUUUAUUGGAAUUAAAAGAAGCAGGUAUGCCGAGUUUUCCCCAGGCAGGCGGCGUUUGUAUUCAAGCAGGCUUCUAAUACCUUGUCGCUUUGAAAUAUUAUGUCGUGUUUUCUUUUCCCAAUGGUGGAUCGCUUCUGGCACUUCUGUAUUCUGAAUAUCGUCUUAAUUUAGUCCUUAACUUGCAUGUUUGUGCUUUGGACUUCUUCUCCGCUGCCUCCUCCUCCUUUUCCUUCUAUAAAUCACACACACACACACACACACACACACCAAUACUGUUGGCAGGAGGGCAACACGAACGUAAUAGUAAUAGUAAUUUAUUAUUUGUACAACGCCCAUCUGGCUGGGUUUCCCAGCCACUCUGGGCGGCUUCCAACAAAGAUGAAAAAUACAUUAAAAUGUCACACAUUAAAAACUUCCCUAAACAGGGCUGCCUUCAGAUGUCUUCUAAAAGUCUGGUAGUUGUUGUUCUCUUUGACAUCUGGUGGGAGGGCGUUCCACAGGGCGGGUGCCACCACCGAGAAGGCCCUCUGCCUGGUUCCCUGUAACUUGGCUUCUCGCAGUGAGGGAACCGCCAGAAGGCCCUCGGCGCUGGACCUCAGUGUCCAGGCAGAACCAUGGGGGUGGAGACGCUCCUUCAGGUAUACAGGACCGAGGCCGUUUAGGGCUUUCAAGGUCAGCACCAGCACUUUGAAUUGUGCUCGGAAACGUACUGUAGGUCUUUCAAGACCGGUGUUAUGUGGUCUCAGCGGCCGCUCCCAGUCACCAGUCUAGCUGCCGCAUUCUGGAUUAGUUGUAGUUUCCGAGUCGCCUUCGAAGGUAGCCCCACGUAGAGCGCAUUGCAGUAGUCCAAGCGGGAGAUAACUAGAGCAUGCACCACUCUGGUGAGACAGUCCGUGGGCAGGGAGGGUCUCAUCCUGCGUCCCCAAUGGAGCUGGUAGACAGCUGCCCUGGACACAGAAUUGACCUGCACCUCCAUGGACAGCUGUGAGUCCAAAAUGACUCCCAGGCUGCACACCUGGUCCUUCAGGGGCACAGUUACCCCAUUCAGGACCAGGGAGUCCUCCACACCCACCUACCCCCUGUCCCCCCAAAACAGUACUUCUGUCUUGUCAGGAUUUAACCUCAAUCCAUUAGCCGCCAUCCAUCCUCCAGCCACCUCCAGACACUCACACAGGACCUUCACCGCCUUCACUGGUUCUGAUUUAAAGAGAGGUAGAGCUGGGUAUCAUCCGCAUAUUGAUGGACACCCAGCCCAAACCCCCUGAUGAUCUCUCCCAGCGGCUGCAUGUAGAUGUUAAAAAGCAUGGGGCAGGUUGUGCCUUGCUCCUCUUCAGGGUUCUUGCUUAUCAUCCAAGAUACCCCUUUCUGUUUUCUGCUACCCAACAGUUGAUGCGCAUUUUGUGUCCACUGAGCAUGCGCCUUGGGCAGUUUUGUGGGGUUGCCACUUGUGGCAGCCCCCCAAGUCUUCUUGUAAACUUUAUGGGUUCCCCAAAACCUGCUGAUAAGUCCUUUUCUUGUGUGCAGGUGGUGCUGUUUUAGCUACACAAGAAUCUGUGACUCAGGUAACGUUUGCCAGGAUCGUCAUUGAUUUUUUACGGUCCCUGGAUAAGCCUGUUUCUGCCAUUGUGUUAUUAUAAUUUAGCAUUAGAGGCCUUACAAUUCAAUUGGCUGAUUUCUACGCUGCUUUCGGGCAGUAAUGAUCAAAUGACUUUAAUAGUGGCCGAAUUUUUGAGCGCUGUCCAUGUAGAAAGACUGGGCCAUUAUAAAGAGAAUUAGCGGUUGUAUUGUAUUAUUUAUGCAAAUUUAUUUUCUCUGGAGUUAAAGAUCUGACUGGGACAAACCUUGUUACGUUAAGCUUGUAUUUUGCACAAUUUGUAUACAGUGUCUGUUUGAUAAUGUGGGUUUGCUAUGCCUAAUAAAGGAUAUAUUUGAUAAUUUAGCGUUUGUAAACCCCUUUGUGAUUCGUUUGACUGAAAGGCAGCAUAGAAAUAAUACUGAAUCAAAUCAAUCUAUUAGCGGCUGAGAAGGAUUCUGGGAUGGAGGAGUGUCUUUAAAAAGCCAGGUAGUUGUUACGGAUGGCAGUACAGAAAUAUGAAGUGCAACUCAGAGGGUAGCCAGAUGCAGAAGAGAAGAGAGAGCUUCUGCACCUUUAAUAGCUAAAUACAAAAGAGGGUAGUAAGCUAUUAAAGGUACAGGAGCCCUGUCGUCUCCCUUAUCCCGAUGCAGCCUAUGCUGCCAUAUUAGGGCACACAGCCCACUGCCCCUUCCUCGCAUACAACCUGCUCAAAGGGUGGCUCUGGCUGGCUCCUUCCAUAGCCUUGGUAUUCAUAGACUCAUAGAAUUGGAGAGUUGAAAGGGGACACCAAGGUUCAUCUAGUCCAACCCUCUUCAGUAUAGGAACUUUUUGCCCAGCAUUGGGGUUCAAACCCACAGCCCUGAGCUUCAGAGUUGACCAACUGAGCUGUCUUGUGGGCCCCUCUUGCAGAACGCGGCAGGGAGGGGGAUGGGGGACAAACCUAGAAUUAGUGCUGUGGGUUAAACCACAGAGCCUAGGACUUGCCGAUCAGAAGGUCGGCGGUUCGAAUCCCCGCGACGGGGUGAGCUCCCGUUGCUCAGUCCCUGCUCCUGCCAACCUAGCAGUUCGAAAGCACGUCAAAGUGCAAGUAGAUAAAUAGGUACCGCUCUGGUGGGAAGGUAAACGCCGUUUCCGUGCGCUGCUCUGGUUCGCCAGAAGUGGCUUAGUCAUGCUGGCCACAUGACCCGGAAGCUGUACGCUGGCUCCCUCGGCCAGUAAAGCGAGAUGAGCGCCGCAACCCCAGAGUCGGCCACGACUGGACCUAAAGGUCAGGGGUCCCUUUACGUUUUAUCCUGCAAAGCACGUGUUCUGUUGCUGAGUUGCAACGCCCUUCCAAAAUCCUAGAAUCCAAACAGUACCCCUUGUCACCUUGGAGAAAUCUAGGCUGAGGGUGUAGGGGAUAAUUGGGGACAUUCAAAAACCAACAAGCCUGCUAUCCCAACCUGGUUAGCCCCCUAAAAACUCUGAUACCCCAUAAUUAAAUACAAUAUACUCCCAUAGAGACUACCUUAUACUGCGUUUAAAACCAAAAUCGCAUUUGAAUAGAAACUGUUUCUAAGGCAGCUAGUCCUAGUCUUUAUAAUCCUGUACCUUCUUCCAGAAGGCAGGAGCUGAAAGAGAUCAUUUCCGGGGUGCGCACUAUCCUGCGCUAUCUCUGCAGCUUUCUUAUGGCACCUGGAAGCAUAGAUUUAAUCCAAGGUGGGAAGAGUGCACCCAAUUAUUCUCUCUGCAGUCUUUACAUUGUUUUUUCCCUGACCAUACAGCUCCCAAACCACACACACAGACCAUAAGUUAAUACACUCUCCACAGUACAAUGAUAAAAUGCCAUCAACACUUGACUCAACAGGUGGAGCCUCUCUUACGAUUUCCCCCCUUUUUGUUUCCUGUUUUUAGGCCACGGGGCCAAAACACCAUGGAGACCUAGAGGGAGUAAGCUUUGCCGUGUCACUCCUGACUCCGAAUUCUUACCUGGAGCUGUAAUUUUUGCAUCCACCUUCAGCAAUGGCUGAGGGCAACCUUCCUAGGUUGGUGAAGGAAGGGAAUCUCAUCCUUCUGAAAGAAGAGGUUGCAAAUGUUUGGGAUGCGAAAAAGAGGCAUUUUGGGAGGUCCAGAGACACCCUGCUCCACUACGCAGCCCGGCACGGUCAGCUGAGGAUCCUGACUUACUUAGUCGAGACCUUAGAAAUGGACAUUGACGUGUUUAAUAGCGAUUACAAGCGACCCCUCCAUGAGGCAGCCUCCAUGGGUCACAGGGACUGCGUCUUGUACCUGCUGGACAGAGGAGCUACUGUCGAUUGCUUGAAGAAAGCAGACUGGUAUGUUGCCGUCAGAUUUUUUUGCGGAGGGUGGGGUCUUUGGUUGUAACUUGGGUUGUAUUUAGCAUUUGCAACAAAAUCGUAGAAGAAGAAGAGUUUGGAUUUGAUAUCCCGCUUUAUCACUCCCCUUCAGGAGUCUCAAAGCGGCUAACAUUCUCCUUUCCCUUCCUCCCCCACAACAAACACUCUGUGAGGUGAGUGGGGCUGAGAGACUUCAGAGAAGUGUGACUAGCCCAAGGUCACCCAGCAGCUGCAUGUGGAGGAGCAGGGAAGCGAACCCAGUUCCCCAGAUUAUGAGUCCACCGCUCUUAACCACUACACCACACUGGCUCUCAGAGUUGCAAGGAACUCUGAAGGAACUUAGGAAGCAGCCUUAUACCGAGUCAGACAUCGUUCCACAGGGUGGGUGCCACCACCAAGAAGGCCCUCUGUUCCCUGUAACCUCACUUCUCGCAGUGAGGGAACUGCCAGAAGGCCCUCGGUGCUGGACCUCAGUGUCCGGGCAGGACGAUGGGGGUGGAGACACUCCUUCAGGUAUACUGGGCCGAGGCCAUUUAGGGCUUUAAAGGUCAGCACCAACACUUUGAAUUGUGCUCGGAAACGUACUGGGAGCCAAUGUAGGUCUUUCAUUUCUUGGCGGUUGCUCCCAGUCACCAGUCUGGCUGCCGCAUUCUGGAUUAGUUGUUGUUUCCGGGUCACCUUCAAAGAUAGUCCCACAUAGAGCGCAUUGCAGUAGUCCAAGCGAGAGAUAACUAGAGCAUGCACCAUUCUGGCGAGACAGUCUGCGGGCAGGUGGGGUCUCAUCCUGCGUACCAGAUGGAGCUGAUAAACAGCUGCCCUGGACACAGAAUUGACCUGCGCCUCCAUGGACAGCUGUGAGUCCAAAAUGACUCCCAGGCUGCGCACCUGGUCCUUCAGGCGCACAGUUACCCCAUUCAGGACCAGGGAGUCCUCCACACCUGCCUGCCCCCUGUCCCCCCAAAACAGUACUUCUGUCUUGUCAGGAUUCAACCUCAAUCCAUUAGCCACCAUCCAUCCUCCAACCGCCUCCAGGAUUUGAAAUCUUCUUCAGACUGGCCUCCAGGCUGGCUCUAGAAUAUUGGAUACUGUCUCCUAUGAAUUGGGGGAAAUGUUUCUGUCUCUGAUAAUAAAUUGUGUCUCCCCCAUCCCUGUCCUGGACUUUUAGGACUCCUCUUAUGAUGGCUUGUACCAGAAGGAAUCUAGAAGUCAUUCAGGAUCUCAUCGACCACGGAGCAAACCCAUUAUUGAAGAACAAAGAUGGCUGGAGCUGUUUCCAUAUUGCCAGCCGAGAGGGGGAUCCUGAGGUCAUCCGGUACCUCCUGGAUGUCUCUCCAACCAUUUGGGACACGGAAAGCAAAAUCAAGAGGACUCCCCUACACACAGCAGGUGAGUUAAGGUGUGUGAUUGCAGGCAUACAGAUGAUACAUCACCUCGGCCCUAAGUGGAGGAUGUCUAUUUCCAUGGGACUGUAGUAGUAGUAGUAGUAAUAACAACAGCAGCAGCAGCAGCAAUAAUAAAUUAUUUGUACCCUGCCCAUCUGGCUGGGUUUCCCAGCCACUCUGGGCAGCCUCCAACAAAGAUUAAAAAUACAUUAAGAUGUCACACAUUAAAAACUUCCCUAAACAGGGCUGCCUUCAGAUGUCUUCUAAAUGUCAGGUAGUUGUUUAUCUCUUUGAUAUCUGGUGGGAGGGCGUUCCGCAGGGCAGGCGCCACCACCGAGAAGGCCCCCUGCCUGGUUCCCCGUAGCUUUGCUUCUCACAGGGAGGGAACCACCAGAAGACCCUCGGAAAUGGACCUCAGUGUCUGGGCAGAAAGAUGGGGGUGGAGAUGCUCCUUCAGGUCUACUGGGCCGUAGUCCCACCAUUUGAGGUCAAAAGAUAGCAAAAUCCCUAGGUCUUCCCUAGUUGCAUUUUCAGAAGAUUGUGAUAGGGAACUGCUGACCUCUGAGUCUGUUGUGCUCCAACCGGAUGACUCCUCUUCCAAAGAGGUCUGGCAGAGGAUGAUCAGGAGUCCCCAGAAAGCCCAGAACUUGCAAGAUUCAGUCGUACCUUGGAAGUUGAACGGAAUCCGUUCCAGAAGUCCAUUCGACUUCCAAAACCUUCGGGAACCAAGGCGUGGCUUCCCAUAGAAAGUAAUGCAAAAUGGAUUAAUCGGUUCCAGACUUUUAAAAACAACCCCUAAAACAGCAAUUGAUCAUGAAUUUUACUAUCUAACGAGACCGUUGAUCCACAAAAUGAAAGCAAUAAACAAUGUACUGCAGUCACAUAAUCAAUCAGUAGCUGAACUGGGUUCCACCCAGUCACAAAAACUAAACAAAAAAGCCACAAAACCACAAAAUAAAUAGCAAAAACAGUCGGGCCUCAGCGUAACACUCAAAAUGGAAGCGUAACACACAAAAUGGAGCACGUUCGGCUUCCGAAAAAUGUCCACAAACUGGAACACUUACUUCCGGGUCUCCAGUGUUUGGGUUUCAAAUUGUUUGAGUACCAAGGCAUUUGAGAACCAAGGUGCCACUGUACAGUCGUACUAUGGAAGUCGAAUGGAAUCCAUUCCGGAAGUCCUUUUGACUUCCAAAAUGUUUGGGAACCAAGGCGCAGCUUCCGAUUGGCUACAGGAAGCUCCUGCAGCCAAUCGGAAGCUGCGGAAGCCGCAACAGACGUUUAGGUUCCAAAGAUCACUCACUUCCGGGUUUGCGACGUUCAGGAGCCAAAAUGUCCGACUUCCAAGGUACGACUGCAUUGUGGACUCUGCUCACUUUGACAUCUGGUGCUCGCUUUUCCUUUUAGUGCAUAGCUGUCAACUUUCAGAUUUGAAAAGAAGGGAUCAGCAGCCUCGAAAAUAUGGGAUCAGCAGCCUCACCUGUCCUGGGGACAAUCUACGGGAUAUCUAACAAUCCGGGAUAGCAGCAGGAAGCAGCGGGAAAUGGCGCUGGAAUAAGGGAAUUUCCUACAAAAAAAGGGAAGGUUGACAGCUAUGUUUUAGUGUGUAGCAAAAUCAGACGCUGGAGGUGAGUUCAGAGGUUAUCUCCAGAUAACUGACUGUAUACAGAGGUGCUUGACAAAUACAGUGGUACCUUGUUCUCAAAUGGUUUAGUUAACAAACAGAUCGGCUCCCGAACACCAAAAACCUGGAAUUAAGUGUUCCGGUUUUCGAACGUUUUUUGGAAGCCAAACGUCCAAUGCGGCUUCCGUUUGAUUGCAGGAAGCUCUUGCAGCCAAUCGGAAGCCGCACCUUGGUUUUUGAAUGGUUUCGGGAGUCGAAGGGAUUAAGUUCGAGAACCAAGGCUCCCCUGUAGAUACUAACAUCAACCAUUGCUGUUUUUCUAUAAAAAGAGGUGCCAGAACUCGCCAUGAACACCUCCCUUGUUUUCUUAUGAUGGCAAAGGCGCCUACCUGAUUGGAACUGAAUUCCGGCAAGUUGCGGCUGGAAAAAAAAGCCCAGAUAUCAACUAUGGGGAUUUUAAUUUGUGACCAAAAAUAGUAAGGGAAGAUUUACAUGCCAAGGAUGAUGGGAAUCAUAGUCUAAAAACAUCUGGAAGUCACCAGGUUGGGGAAGUCUGGUAUCUGUCAUCAAACCCAACUUUGAUAAAUCCCCUUUUUGUCACACAGCAAUGCAUGGACGUCUGGAGGUAGUGAAAAUGCUCCUUGAAAGGUGAGCAGACUGCCUGUUUUUUUCCCCAAGUAAAUUUUUAUUGUUUUCCUUACAUAUUCUUUUCCAACAAACCAUAUUAAUGCCAUACGUUUCCUUUUACUCUGCCGAGUCACGACCCCCCCCCCGCAAUUGGUAUAUUUAACCCCUUUCUAUCGCGCACGUCAUUCUCACAAUAGUACUAUUAUACAUUGAAGGUAUUAUGUCAAUCCUGCUAGUGUCUUGACCUCUUUACAAUUCUCCUUUAAACAUUCAAUAAAUUUACACCAGUUAUUUUGGUAUCUUUGGCCUUCCUGGUCCCGGGUCCUUCCUGACAAUUUGGCAAGUUCUGCGUAUUCUGUCAACUUCACCUGCCCCUCCUGGAUGGUUGAUAUGUCUUGUGUUUUUCAUCUUUGGGCCAGGAGGGUUCUUGCGGCGGCCGUAGCAUACAUGAUAAGAUUUUGGUCUCCCAUUUUGAUUUCCAUUCCUAUUAAACCUAAUAGACACGCUUCCGGUCUUUUGGGAAAAGUAUACCUAAGUAUUUUUUUAAGUUCAUUAUAAAUUGAUUCCCAAAAUUUUUUAACCUUGUCACAGGUCCACCACAAAUGAAAAUAAUCCCCAUUUACUUUUUUACAUUUCCAACAUUUUCUUUCUCUUUUUCUAUACAUUUUAGCUAACUUUACUGGCGUCAAGUGCCAUCUAUACAACAUUUUAAACAAAUUUUCCUUUGGAUCCAAACAUCCUGUAAAUCUCAAACCCUCCUUCCAUAGCCCUUUCCACGCUUCCAAUUCGAUGUUAUGCCCAGUAUCGAUCACCCAUUUUAUCAUUGACAUUUUAUCAUUUUAUCAAGACUUCCUGUCUUUUGGGCUUCCCAUAGGAGGAAUAUUUAUUUAUUACAUUGCUAUAGCGGCCAUUUUCUUCCAAGGAGCUCAAGGUGGUGUAGACGGUUCUCCGCAUUUCAUCCUCUCAGCAACCCUGCGAAGUUGGCUAGGCUAAGAGAUGGCAACUGUUCUUUUUAUUUCCUCUGACAUGAUACCUAGGAGAAACGGUCAAACCAAUAUUUAUGUAUGCAACUACAGCAGCAAGGUUAUUGAUUGCCAAAAAUUGGAAAAGCAGCAGUGUCCCAACUAAAACAGGCUGGUUAUCUAAAAUGAUGGAAUACUUCCAUAUUGCCGAACUAACAGGGAGGGUAAGAGGAGAUCUGGUACAAAUAGUGAAUAAGGAGUGGGCUAUCUUUAAGGAAUACAUCAAAAUUUAUGUGGAAAAAGUAGAAUUUCUGACAGAUAUUGAGUGAAUCCAGAAAAUGAUUAGAGUGAAAGGAGAGUAAAGAUAAGAUAAAAGAAAUAAUGAAAUGUGUUUAAGCUAGUUGGAAAAAUAAAGUAGCGUAACAAGAACGGCUGGAAGUCAAGUCACUUGGUAGGCGUCCGUGUGGCGUAGGUGUGUAGGUAUGUUGAUAUGUACAGUAUAGGUAGGUAUUAUAUAGAGUAAUGUAGGUUUGUUUUAUGUUAGAAAAAUUAGGUAGUGUGUUGUAUACAUGUAUUGUGUAAAUGUACAGUGGUACCUCAGGUUACAUACGCUUCAGGUUACAGACACUUCAGGUUACACACUCUGCUAACCCAGAAAUAGUGCUUUGCUUCAGGAUGAGAACAGAAAUCGUGCUCCUGCGGCGCGGCAGCAGCAGGAGGCCCCAUUAGCUAAAGUGGUGCUUCAGGUUAAGAACAGUUUCAGGUUAAGUACGGACCUCCGGAACGAAUUAAGUACUUAACCUGAGGUACCACUGUAUAUGUAUGUGUUUUAUAUGUUAAUAAAAUAAUAAUAAUAAUAAAAGGCUAAGAGAUGGCAACUGGCACAAGGUCACCCAGUGACCUUCAUGGCCAAGUGCGGAUUCGAACUCGGCGUCUGGUUGGCCACUUUGAGAACAGGAUCCUGGACUUAGAUGGGGCCUCUUUGGCUUGACCCAGCAGACUCUUCUCAGGUCCUUGUGACAAACAAACAAACGAGAAGGGAGCAUGGGUUUACCACCCGAUUUUUAGCAGGAGGGAUUUCAGUGGCUGCUUAAAAGGUAGGAAAAAAAAUACCAGGACAACUGAAUCUUGCAUGCUGGGGCUGGCCAAGGAUGUAUGUGGUCCUCAAGUCCAAAAAAUGUGAGCCUCCACUACCCCCAAAAAUUUUUUAGAGCUAGCACUUCUCAGUUUUAAACUGAAUUUUGAGCUAGGUUUUGCCUUUGAUUAUUUUUUAACUGCUUGGCUAUGAUUUUUUUUUUAUUGUUUUGCACCAAAUUUCCAUAUGGUUGUGCAGCAAAUUAAAGAAUAAAUCGCACCCACCCCAAAAAGCCCCUCCAAUUCUCUGGGGUACUCCUUUACUUUGCUCUAGCCCCAAAGUUCCCAAAUUUUUUCAGGCCACUGUCCCCUUAGUUCCACAAACUCAUCCCCAGUGCCUACCCUAUUAAAAAAGCAACAACCUAUAAAACCCUAUUUAAAAAUAUAUUACCUUCCACUAAGGAAAAUAAUAACACGAUAAAAUUCAAAACAGUGACACUUAAUUGCACGUUUACUCAAAACCCAAUGGAAACGAUUUAGUUGAAUUAAUUCAACAAACUUGACCAACCUGGUCCAGGGAUUGAAACUGAAAUUGAAAUACUUUAUUGUCACUUGUACAACUUGUAUACAGUGAGAUUACACAAGCACCCCCCACUCAGCUCUCUUAGUCUUAAUUCCCCUUGUUUACUGACGCACACCCACCAAACCCGAAAGUCAGUUGCCCUGUUGUUAUCUUUUCCUUCAGCAGCCUAACAGCCCACGGAUAGAAGCUGUUCUUUACCCUGUUGGUGCGACUAAUCAUGCUUCUAUAUAUCUUCUGCCCGAGGGCAGGAGACCAAGAAAGUGCCGGCCAGGGUGUGAAUCAUCACUGAGAAUUUUCCUCACUCUCCUGAGUCAACGUUCUUCUGCGAUUUCAUCCAGCGGAUUCGCGGGACAGCCCAUAAUAUCUUGUGUACUUCCUAUCAGUUGAUGUCAAACCAGCAUACCACACCGUGAUGCAGUAGGAAAGGACACUUUCUAUUGGGGACCAGUAGAAGGAGAUCAUCAGAUGUUGAUUGACAUCGUUCUUUUGCAAUACUCUGUGGAGAUGAAGUCUCUGUUGGGCUUUCUUAACCACCAGGGUUGUAUUGAUUUUCCAAGUAAGGUCUCCACUGAGAUAAACUCCUAGGAAUUUGAAGGAAGAGACUCUCUCCACACAGCCCUCCCCGAUGUACAGCGGGGCUAGUUCUCCUUUCUUCCUCCAAAAGGCCAACACCAUCUCCUUUGUCUUGCUCAUUUUAAGGUGCAAGUUGUUCCCUAGGCACCAUGCAGAUAUUUUUUGGACCUCCCCUCUAUAUGCUGAUUCGUCUCCACCUGUUAUUAAACCCAUUAUGGUGGUGUCAUCUGCAAACUUAAUAAUUGCAGUAGACGGGUCCAGCUUUUCACAGCCUGAUAGUCAUUUGCACAUUCCUUUGUGUGUGACGCCACCCCCAGGUAAUCCCACGGCCCCCACCAGGGGACAAUGCCUUCACUGCUCUAACUUGUCCUUUUUGUGCUUAAUCCUAAGGUGCCGCUACCAGCCCGAUAGCAGGGACAAAUGUGGUGUCACGCCUUUUAUGGAUGCGAUACAACAUGGGCACCUUGGCAUCGCGCAGCUGCUUCUAGAGAAACAUAAGGUACGUGCAAACGAUGUUGUUUCUGUUUAAAGUAGGAGAGCAAUGCUUUAAACCCUGGGUAGGCAAACUAAGGCCCGGGGGCUGGAUCCGGCCCAAUCACCUUCUAAAUCUGGCCCGCGGAAGGUCCGGGAAUCAGCGUGUUUUUCCAUGAGUAGAAUGUGUCCUUUUAUUUAAAAUGCACCUCCGGGUUAUUUGUGGGGCAUAGGAAUUCGUUCAUUAUUAUUAUUUUCAAAAUAUAGUCCGGCCCCCCACAAGGUCUGAGGGAGAGUGGACCGGCCCCCUGCUGAAAAAGUUUGCUGGCGCCUGCAAUAAACAUCUGGUGCGGAGAUGACCUGUGAUUCUGGCAGGUUGUGACUCCAGAUGGUUUGGGUGGAUCAGAGGUCAGCAAACUUUUUCAGCAGGGGGCCAGUACACUGUCCCUCGGGCCUUGUGGGGGGCCGGACUAUAUUUUGGAGGGGGAAAUGAACAAAUUUCUAUGCCCCACAGAUAACCCAGAGAUGCAUUUUAAAUAAAAGCACACAUUCUACUCAUGGAAAAACACCAGGCAGGCCCCACAAAUAACCCAAGGGACGUGAUGCGUUAGCUCAGGGGUCAGCAAACUUUUUAAGCAGGGGGCCGGUCCACUGUCCCUCAGACCUUGUGGGGGGCCGGACUCUAAUUCUGGGGUGGAAAUGAACCAAUUCCUAUGCCCCACCAAUAACCCAGAGAUGCAUUUUAAAUAAAAGGACACAUUCUACUCUUGUAAAAACAUGCUGAUUCCCAGACCUUCCACAGGCUGGAUUGAGAAGGCGAUUGGGCCGGAUCCGGCCCCCGGGUCUUCAUUUGCCUACCCAUGGGCUGGAUUCUCACACAAAGACUUUGCCUUUUUCACACCCUUAGGCUUGCUACACCGCCCGGGAUGCUCUCGGCGCUCAGCCUUUGCACCAAGCCGCGGUCACAGCGCAGGAUCCUGCCCUCCGGUUCCUAGUUUCAGAUCUCGGUGUCGACGUCAACUCCAGAGCCACUUCGCUGCAGCUGACGGCCUUGCAUUACGCUGCCAAGGUCCUUUGCUUUUCUCCUUGGGAGUUUUCACUGAGGGAGCGGCUACUGUGCCUUCGAAGGCUGCUCUCGCAAGAGAGGUUUCUCCUCCCCCCCCCCAUUUUAUUUUAUUCUCUUUUUUUAUAACAUUUUAUUGAUUUUGCAGAAAUGACAAAACGAAAAGAAAAAACACAGGGGGGAAAAUCAUAACCAAAUUAAACCAUAAUUUUUGGGAGUACGUUUCCCUCCAGGUUCCAUUAUAAUGUACUUGUUCCUGCAUGUCUAUGAAACCUUAUAUACUUAACAAUCCAAUUUUAAAACCUUCUUCAUCUUAUUCCAAGUGACUUUUAAAAGUUGUACUAAUGUAAGAAUCUAUACGCAACACUUUAAACAUAUGCAGCGAACGGUUGCCUUUUUUGGUAAUAAUUUGCCCUUCAUAGUUCAGUAAUUUAUUUUGCCAAUCUUCUACUUUAUUUUAUUUUAUUCUUCGGUAGAUGUACAGAAAGAGAAUCACAUACCAAUAAAUAAAUUUUUAGAAAGGGGCAAAAUUAGACAUGGAUGCACAAAGUGUUUUUUAAAAAACAAAUCAAGACUUCUUGUUCCUCUGCUUCCCCUUUCUAUUUUUUUAAAGUUUUUAAAAAUUAUUUUGACAAAGUAAUAAUCUUAAAUAAAUAAGAAUAAAAACAUGCACCCCACCACUGAGACCAUUCCAUUGUAACUAUUCAACCUCCCAAAAUUUCAACACCUCUUGCGAUGGUUUGACCCCUUUCCGUUUUAACAGUACAAAUUCUAAAAGAGACAUUUCAUGGAUUUUUGUAUACUAAGAAAUCUUUAAUAUUUUUUUUUUAAAAAACAACCAGUACAAAUUCUACAAACACCCUCCAUAUCUCCUCAAAAUCAUUUUUCCUGCAUAUUCCCCAUCUUACCUUAAUGGCAUAUGUUAAUUUAUCAUUAAUACAGUGGUACCUCAGGUUACAUACGCUUCAGGUUACAGACUCCACUAACCCACAAAUAAUACCUCAGGUUAAGAACUUUGCUUCAGGAUGAGAACAAAAAUCGUGCGGCGGCAGCUGGAGGCCCCAUUAGCUAAAGUGGUGCUUCAGGUUAAGAACAGUUUCAGGUUAAGAACGGACCUCCAGAACGAAUUAAGUACUUAACCCAAGGUACCACUGUAAUAAUAAUAAUUUAUUAUUUGUACCCCGCCCAUCUGGCUGGGUUUCUCCAGCCUCUCUGGGCGGCUUCCAACAAGGAUUAAAAAUACAUCAAAAUGUCACACAUUAAAAGUUUCCCUAAACAGGGCUGCCUUCAGAUGUCUUCUAAAUGUCAGGUAGUUGUUUAUCUCUUUGACAUCUGACGGGAGGGCGUUCCACAGGGCGGGUGCCACUACCGAGAAGGCCCUCUGCCUGGUUCCCUGUAACCUCACUUCUCGCAGGGAGGGAACCAGCAGAAGGCCCUCGGAGCUGGACCUCAGGGUCCGGGCAGAACGAUGGAGGUGGAGACGCUCCUUCAGGUAUACAGGACCAAGGCCGUUAGGGCUUUCAAGGUCAGCAUCAACACUUUGAAUUGUGCUCGGAAACGUACUGGGAGCCAGUGUAGGUCUUUCAAGACUGGUGUUAUAUGGUCUUGGCGGCUGCUCCCAGUUACCAUAGCUAUAUCCCACACCUCUUUAUACCAUUUUAUGUCCCGCUUGUCCUUGUUUCUUCUCUUAAACAUUGUCCCGCAUCUGUGCACGGAACUGGCAUAGAAUCGUAGAGUUGCCAAACAUCAUCUAGUCCAACCCUUGCUGCAAUGAAGGACUCUUUUGCCCCACGUGAGAUUCGAACCCUCGACCCUCAGAUUCAAGAGUCUCAUGCUUUACUGAUGGAGCCCUCCAGAUGUUAAUGGGCGGGGAUGAUGGGAGUUGUAGUUAGCAACAUCUGGAGAGCCAAUGGGUUGCAGGGGGCUAAGGGUUUGUAUUUUUCUGUUCUUGUUUUUAAUCAUGUACUUUGUGUUUUUAAUAGGGACUCAGGUGGCGCUGUGGGUUAAACCACAGAGCCUAGGGCUUGCCGAUCGGAAGGUUGGUGGUUCGAAUCCCCGUGACGGGGUGAGCUCCCGUUGCUCGGUCCCAGCUCCUGCCAACCUAGCAGUUCGAAAGCACAUCAAAGUGCAAGUAGAUAAAUAGGUACCGCUCCGGCGGGAAGGUAAAUGGCGUUUCCGUGCGCUGCUCUGGUUCGCCAGAAGCGGCUUAGUCAUGCUGGCCACAUGACCCGAAAGCUGUACGCUGGCUCCCUCGGCCAAUAAAGCGAGAUGAGCGCCGCAACCCCAGAGUCGUCCGCGACUGGACCUAAUGGUCAGGAGUCCCUUUACCUUUACCUUGUGUUUUUAAUAAUGCAUUUUUAGGCUGAGAACUGCAAAUGAAGGGUGGCCUACAAACUUACCGUAUUUUUUGCUCUAUAAGACUCACUUUUCCCCUCCUAAAAAGUAAGGGGAAAUGUGUGUGCGUCUUAUGGAGCGAAUGCAGGCUGCGCAGCUAUCCCAGAAGCCAGGAGAGCAAGAGGGAUUGCUGCUUUCUCUGCACAGCAAUCUCUCUUGUUGUUCUGGCUUCUGAGAUUCAGAAUGUUUGUUUUCUUGUUUUCCUCCUCAAAAACUAGGUGCGUCUUAUGGUCUGGUGCGUCUUGUAGAGCGAAAAAUACGGUAAUACAUAAGAAUAAUAAUAAGUUCCUCCACACCAUCUUUAUUCCAUGCCGCCCUCCUCUCCCUGCACAAAAGCGCUCUAUUGUUUGGCUCCUUUAAAACUAGGAAAUUCUCUGCUCGUUCCAAUUCCCUGCCUCUUAUAUGUCACUGGCUCCAUUUUUGGCUGCCCAGCACUCAGCCGCUGAUCCUGCCAUUAUAAAGAGCGAUGCUGGCCUGCUAAGCAGAAGUGCAUUAGAUUUACAGCUAGGAAUCCAGCCUUUUAUCUUCACGAGACUUAAUUCUCUCAGCAGCUCUUCAGCUGCCAGCGCAUGGCCUGCGGAAGAUAAAUCGGGCUAUUAAAACUGAAUUGCCGACAUGUGCAAUUCAUCGUACGAACAUCUGGGCUUGCCUUAUCCCUGAGCCAGACCCUUGGUCCCAUCUAGUCUGGUAUUAUUAUUAUUAUUAUUAUUAUUAUUGUUAUUAUUCCCUGUUUAGGGAAGCUUUUAAUGUUUAAUAGGUUGUUGUAUUUUAAUGUUCUGUUGGAGGCUGCCCAGAGUGGCUGGGGAAACCCAGCCAGGUGGGCGGGGUAUAAAUAAUAAUAAUAAUAGUUAUUAUUAUUUAAAUUGGUAUAUGACCCUUCAUCCAUAGAUCUCAGGGCGGUUCACAACAUAAAAAUACAAUUCUCCCUACUCUGACUGGCAGUGGCUUUCUAGGGUCUGUGGCAAAGAGGGAGAGGAGUUCCCAGUCCUUUUGUUCAUUAUAUUGAGGGGCUUUUCAUCAAUUAAUACAAGACGGGCCCUUUCCUGCAGUCUUACGGCCCAUAAUAAUUAAUUCCUGAUUUUUUAAAAAUUGUUUUGAUUGUAUGGUUUUAGGUGUGACUGUUGUAAACCACUCUGAUACACACACACACACACACACACACACACACAUGGUAAAGGGACCCCUGGCCAUUAGGUCCAGUCAUGACUGACUUCGGGGUUGCGGCGCUCAUCUCGCUUUAUUGGCCGAGGGAGCCGGUGUACAGCUUCCGGGUCAUGUGGCCAGCAGGACUAAGCCGCUUCUGGCGAUCCAGAGCAGCGCACGGAAAGACCGUUUACCUUCCCGCCGGAGCGGUACCUAUUUAUCUACUUGCACUUUGACGUGCUUUCGAACUGCUAGGUUGGCAGGAGCUGGGACCGAGCAAUAGGAGCUCACCCCGUCGCAGGGAUUUGAACCAAAAUGGGAGGGAGGAGGACCUGUGAUCAUCCGGAUGUUGUGGGACAGCCUGUAUGGCCAAUGGUCAAGGAUGAUGGAAGCUGGAGUCCAAUAAUAUCAGGACAGCCACAGGUUCCCAGAUCCCUGGCCUAGAUAGAGAAAGGUUCUGGUUUUUGCUGAGCGUGACAGUUGUGUCUCUUCUCUAACAACGCAGGAAGGACAUGCAGGCACAAUUGAGACGCUUCUUUUGCUCGGUGCUGAUCUGAAUGCGAAGGAUGGGAAAAAUCGUACUGGUAAGACCCUUUCACGCUUCUUAUAGGGAUUAAGUCCAGCAUUUGCACAAACAGGCUACCAGUGGGGUGGAUGGAAUAUUAGGGGAGGGGUAAUACCUCUGGGGAUGCGGGUGGCGCUGUGGGUUAAACCACAGAGCCUAGGACUUGCUGAUCAGAAGGUCGGCGGUUCGAAUCCCCGCGACGGGGUGAGCUCCCGUUGCUCGGUCCCAGCUCCUGCCCACCUAGCAGUUUGAAAGCACGUCAAAGUGCAAGUAGAUAAAUAGGUACCACUCCGGCGGGAAGGUAAAUGGCGUUUCUGUGUGCUGCUCUGGUUUGCCAGAAGCGGCUUAGUCAUGCUGGCCACAUGACCCGGAAGCUGUACGCCGGCUCCCUCAGCCAACAAAGCGAGAUGAGCGCCGCAACCCCAGAGUCGUCCGUGACUGGACCUAAUGGUCAGGGGUCCCUUUACCUUUUUGAUACCUCUGGUGGGGGACAUGACAGGCUCCUUCUGGGGUCGUUUGUCCACCUUUGGUCCCCACCUUGCACUUAGCUCUCACCUGCGCCUCCUGGAAGCUGUCAACAUGCAAUGAGGAGAUGCAACGAGGUUGAGGGAACGUUCUUUCAUAUGUGGUGGACCUGUAAAAGGGCAAAAGAGUAUUGGGAAAUGAUGCAUAAUGAAUUGAAAAAAACGUUUAAAAGUACUUGUUUAAAAAAACAGAGUCCCCUUUGUUGAGGAUAAUUCAGACGGAAAUUCCCAGGUGUUAAAAAAGGUUAUUUAUGUACGCCACUACUGCAGACCAUGUUCUGUUAGCUGAAAAAUGGAAAACGAGCGAGGUCCCAACUAAAGAAGAAUGGCAACUGAAUCUGACUGAAUAUGCGUAGCUUGCAGACUUAACAUAUAGAAUAAGAGAACAAGAAGAACAUACGUUUAGAGUAGAUUGGAAAAUGUUUAUUGAAUAUAUGGGGGGGGGAAUUGUGUACACUUGAAAACGUUGGCAGCAUUAAGAUAAAUUCAACAGUGUAAAUAAGUUUUGAUGGAUGUAAUAAUGGAGUAUUGAAUGGUUUAGUUUAUGUAAAAUAUGCAGGGAUUUAUGAUAUGCAAAAUGAACCAUGGGAAAGAGAAGAAGGGAAGUCAUUGAUAUUUUAAGGAUGUUUAAAUGAGUAUUCUAGAUUGUAGAACAGAAAAUUGUGUGUGUGUGUGUGUGUGUGUGUGUGUGUGUGAAUGAAGCUGUCAGCAUGCGACAGCAGCCACAAUCCUGGGAAAUGGCUUCCACUGGCUGGCUACACCAAGUGAAGGUAGCCGCUGGGUCUCAAACCCUCCGUGAGUUAGGGGCUUCCCCUGCCUUUAAAGACAGGCUCUGGCGGCUGGGGCCAAUAGUGGUCCCAGUGGUGAAGAAGGUGAUUUCUGCCUUACAGUGGUACCUCAGGUUAAGUACAGUGGUACCUCAGGUUACAUACGCUUCAGGUUACAUAUGCUUCAGGUUACAUACGCUUCAGGUUACAGACUCUGCUAACCCAGAAAUAGUGCUUCAGGUUAAGUACUUUGUUUCAGGAUGAGAACAGAAAUCGUGCUCCGGCGGCAGCAUGAGGUCCCAUUAGCUAAAGUGGUGCUUCAGGUUAAGAAUGCUUCAGGUUAAGUACAGACUUCCGGAACCAAUUAAGUACAGUGGUACCUCAGGUUAAGUACUUAAUUCAUUCCGGAGGUCCGUUCUUGAAAGUAAUGGAAAGUGGAUUGAUCCCUUCCAAAUGAUGAAAAAACACCCCCUAAAACAGCAAUUUAGCACAAAUUUUACUGUUUCACAAGACCAUUGAUCCAUAAAAUGAAGGCAAUAAUCAAUGUACUGUACUAUAAAAUAAAUAAGACAGUAUUUUAGAUGGGGAAAAUUUUUUUUUUCCAAACUCACUGUUUGGAGAGGGCUCAGGGUCCUCUUCCACAAUCACAAUCAGCUUGGCUCCCGGCAUUCACGGAGGCCUGAGAGAGCCCCGUAGGCUCCGCUGAUGUCCGCGUUUGCCUCCAGGCAGCGACGAGGCCUCCGAGAGCUUGGACAACUUACUUCCAGGUUGAAGCGUUCAUAACCCGAGGUACCACUGUAUUUCAUUUAUUUAUUGCAUUUUAUAUCCCGCCCUGUGUCCUUUUCUUCCAAUGAGCUCAAGGCAGGGCACGUGGUUCUCAUGGCUGAGAACCCUGGUCUCUUCAGUGCUUUAACCACAAUACCUAACUGGGUUCCCAUUGAACACUCAUGCAGCUUAAUCAACUGAAACUUAAUCAACUUUAAACGCAGGCAGCUAAGCGAGAAGGAAACUGUGCCAUGAGCAGCCGGCCACCAAACCCUUCCCUUUCAAUCUUAAGUCUGCUUCUUCUCUUCCCACAGCCCUGCACCUGGCAUGCUCAGGCCAGCAUGCCACAUGUGUGCAAAUUCUCCUGCAGGCGGGGUUGCGGGACUCCCCUGACAGUACCGGAACGCACGCACGGCAGCUUGCGAAGAAGCCAGCCCUCCUCCAAAUUUUUCACAAAAUCCCAGUGCCGCCCUGCCCUGUCCAUCAGUAACGGAAGUCGCCUUCACCGGGACUGCAAGCAGGGCCUUCUCUGCAGUGGCCCCUUGGAUUUGGAAUCGAGAUAAGUGAAGCUCCCAGGAGUAGAUGCUGGAGGAUUCCGACGCAGAGACGGAAAUUGCCAGUGGUCGCUUGCUUGUCCAGAAAGAAAACCAGCCCUGCUGCUAUUUGUUGUUUUUAAUCCACAAACGAUAUGCCAUGGACGACUUAUCCUACAUUUUGCAUUGUGUUUCCUCUGCAUUGGAAUGACUGCUGUGGAAUGUCUGCCACACUGGACAGCAAGCAAAAUAAUGCUCUCUCUUUUUGUCGGAAGCUGAACCGCAGUGGAAGAGAAGCAACGCCACAUGCGAUGGACGUAGGUCGGAACAGAAAUCAGUCCCUCCUUCCAUCCCUCGCUCCCAUUCUUGAUUGCUUUGGGCUGCAGGUUGAGACAUUUUCAUUCCUUUGUGUAGGUGUAUCGGAAUCUGUCUGAUAAUAAUAAAUAAUAAUACAUUUUUAUUUAUACCCCGCCCUUCCCGGUUCAAAAACUGGGCUCGGGGCGGCUAACAACAAAUUUAAAACGCUUUAAAACACUUAAUUAUAAAAGCAGCAUAAAAUACGGUAUAAAAACAUGAAUAACAAUAAAAUUCAAAAUUCAAAAAUCAAUUAGAUAAUCCCCAGGGCUAGCUGGCUGAAUUGGUCCUACUUGGGUCAGCGAGGAGGCCAGGGGAGAAUUAGCUGUGGGAUCUCAGAGCGGGUGAUCUUCAUAAAAGGGGAGGGGGGGAGGGAAGAGAAGGGAAAUAAAAGACCUGGCUGAAUUCAAAUUAAAGGCCAGGCGGAAUAGCUCUGUCUUACAGGCCCGGCAAAAGGAGCUUAAAUCCUGAAGGGCCCUAGUUUCAUGGGACAGAGCAUUCCACCAGGUCAGAGCCAUCACUGAGAAGGCCCUGGCCCUGGUGAAGGAUAGUCUGACUUCCUUAGGGCCCGGGACCUCUAAACUAUGGUUAUUCAUGGACCUUAAGGUCCUCUGCGGGGCAGACCAGGAGAGGCGGUCCCAUAGACACGAGGGCCCUAAGCCACAAAGGGCUUUAAAGGUCAAGACCAGCACCUUGAACCUGACCCUGUACUCCACCGGGAGCCAGUGCAGCUGGAAAAGCACUGGGUGAAUAUGCUCCCAUGGCAGGGACCCCGUGUCGAGCCUCGCUGCAGCAUUCUGCACCCGCUGGAGUUUGUGGGACAGUUUUAAGGGCAGCCCUGCGCAGAGCGAAUUACAGUAGUCAGGCCUGGAGGUGACCGUCGCAUGGAUCACUGUGGCCAGGUCCGGGCGGGAAAGGUAUCUAUCAGCCCAUCUUUCUCAGUAUCAUCCACACCCUUUUAAAAAGCUGUUUGACAACGAAAUAGGAUUCGACGAAAGGUGGUGGACUCACCUUCGCUGGAGGUUUUCAAACCCAGGUUGGAUAGCCAUAUGUUAAAGGGUUAUUUAGCUGCGAUUCCUGCAUUGCUGGGAGUGGACUAGUUGUCUUCCAAUUCUACACUUCUGUGAUUUCAAGUAAAUAAGACCAUUCAUGUCCGGGCGUCGCAGCUAUUUGGUCUUUGUUUUCCCCAACGCACAAAUCACCCAUAUCCUCUAAACUAAAGAAGUGUUAAACAUUCUGCAUACAGAAGGUGCUCCAAUCUCUUUCUCAUUUCGGUAUUUAUUUAUUUUGGGCCAUGCCCCUGUCCCAAGAUCAGAGGGUGGCCAGAACUGUACACCUUUAUUCUAAAAAUGCCCAGCUUUUAUAUCAGGCAUUCCCAACCUUCGGCCCUCCAGAUGUUUUGGACUACAAUUCCCAUCAUCCCUGACCACUGGUCCUGUUAGCUAGGGAUCAUGGGAGUUGUAGGCCAAAACAUCUGGAGAGCCGAAGGUUGGGUUUGCCUGUUUUAUAUAAUAACGGUACGGCGAGACAAUUUCAUUUUAUUCUCCCCCCAAAGCCCUGUCCUAAGUGAGGAGACUACUCCGUCCUGCUGCGUGAACCAUCAACUCUAACCGCACGUUUGGGUGCUGAAACAAUUAACAAUUUUGGGUGCUGGUGCAAGCAGGUGAGCAAAUGAUUCUUUCUCAAACAGGCAAGCAGCCAUAGAUGGCCGGGGUAUAUAUAAUAAAGUAUUAUUAUUAAGUUAAUGCUGGAGAGCUGUGGAACGGCCACCUCACAC